AUGCACAGCACGCUGCUUCAGUCGUCCCCCAGAAAACCGAGCCCGGCGGCGGAGCAGCAUGGCCCGCUCCACACGCACCCACUGAGAGACAUGGAAGCCAAACAGCACCCCAUCAAGAGCCUCAAAAGCUACCCCGAAACGGGUGGCCGCAGCCUGGCAGCGGCCGCCGGAGGUGGUGGUGGAGGAGGAGGAGGAGCGGGAGGAGGAGGCGGCGGCGGCGGAGGAGACGGCGGCGGCGGCGGUGGCUACCGAGCCGGCGCCGCUGAAAUGGAGAUGGAGGCGAAGAUCCAGAAAGCCGUCGACUUCAAGGCGGAGGGUCACCGCUGCUACAAGGAGAAGAAAUUUCGGGAGGCCAUCGGCAAGUACCACCGGGCUUUGCUCCAGCUGAAGGGGGUGCACGUUGUCGACGGGACCACGGGCUCUGAGGUCAACCUGCUCAACCAAGCCGCCGCCAAGCUGACGGAGGAGCAGCGGAGAGCCGUGGAGGGCACGGAGAUAGAGUGCUACGACAGCCUGACAGGUGAGCGGCCCGGGGGUCGGUCCGACGCGAGCCGAACCUCCUCUUCCUCGGAAAUCUCGGAAGGUGCCCUCGGGCUUUACUGCUGCCCCCAUUGUUCAUUUCGGCGCAAAAGAAGGGACGAGUUCUAG